AUUCUAUAUAUAUCAACCAAAUACUACACUCUUUUUUACAUCCACCCCACAAAUUUUCUCCUAUGGCAGAUCAACAAAGAAUCCAUCCAGUACCUGAACCAGAGCAAGAAGUACCAGUACAAAAACCCACUGUCCCUUUAGUAGCAAGGGGUUCUUUCAGAUCAGAAAAAGGUGACCCUGAGAAGCAGCAACAGCAACAAGAACCACCUUUGAGAAGAACAAUCCCAUAUUACCCACCAUUAAAACCACCAAAGAGAAGAUGUUGUUCUUGCAAAAGAUGUCUAUGUUGCACAUGUUGUCUGUUUUUCCUCAUCAUCAUAAUCAUUGCUGCUUUAUCGGCUGCUUUUUACUUUGUCUUCCAGCCAAAAAUACCAAAUUACUCUGUUGACAGCAUGAGAAUCACACAGUUCAAUUUCAACAAUGACAUGAGCUUAUUGUUUGCUACUUUUAAUGUUAACAUCACUGCAAGAAACCCCAACAAGAAAAUUGGGAUUUAUUAUGAAAGUGGUAGCCAAUUGAGUGUUUGGUACACUGGUGUUAAGCUUUGUGAAGGGUCAUUGCCAAGAUUUUAUCAGGGUCAUCAGAAUACUACUGUACUUGAUUUGAAUUUAUCAGGACAAACACAGAAUGCGACUGGAUUGUUGCAGGCACUGCAGGUGGAUCAACAGAGAGGAACUAUUCCAUUGAAUCUCAAGGCAAAAGUUCCAGUAAAGCUCAAGAUUGGGAAAUUGAAGAUUAUGAAAUGGAAGUUUUUGGUUAAGUGUAGGCUGGAUGUGGAUAGAUUAUCUGCAAAUAAUCCUAUCAGGAUUAGGAAUAGUGAUUGCAAGUUUGGUUUUAGGCUUUAAUUCAUAUUCCAUUAUAGUCCACCAUCAUGAUCUUGGAUUUCUUUUUUUGUUGUUGAUUCUUUUUUCUUUAUAAUUAUUUUUUCUUCCUCUUUUUUUACAGAUUUUUUUCUUCAAUAUCUGUAGACACUGUUGUACUCAUACUAUUUUGGAUUGAUUUAUGUUUCACCUUUUCUUAU